AUGAACAUUCAUGAAUACCAGGCAAAGGCUGUGCUGAAGGAUUUCGGCGCUCCGGUCGCCGACGGCGUCGCCAUAUUCUCCGCCGAUGAGGCGGAAGCCGCGGCAAAGCAACUUCCCGGUCCGCUCUGGGUCGUCAAGACACAGAUCCAUGCCGGCGGCCGUGGCAAGGGCAAGUUCAAGGAACUGCCGGCAGAUGCCAAGGGCGGUGUCCGGCUGGCUUUCUCUCUGGACGAAGUCACCGCGCACGCGAAGGACAUGCUCGGCAACACGCUUGUCACCAAGCAGACCGGCGAAGCAGGCAAGGUCGUCAACCGUCUCUAUAUCGAGGACGGUGCAGACAUCGAGCGCGAGCUAUAUCUCUCCAUUCUCGUGGACCGCACGGUCGGACGUCCGGCCUUUGUCGUUUCCACCGAAGGUGGCAUGGACAUUGAGGCGGUUGCCGAAGAGACCCCCGAAAAGAUCAUCACUUUGCCGAUCGACCCGGAAACCGGCGUGACCGAAGCAGAUGCCGCUAGGCUCUGCGACGCGCUGGCAUUGGACGGCGCGGCGCGCCAGGACGGCAUGACCCUGUUCCCGAUCCUGCACAAGGCCUUUGUCGAAAAGGACAUGAGCCUUCUGGAAGUAAACCCGCUGAUCGUCAUGAAGGACGGACGCCUGCGCGUCCUUGAUGCCAAGGUAUCCUUUGACGGCAACGCCAUGUUCCGUCAUCCGGACAUCAUGGAACUGCGCGACAUCACCGAAGAAGAUGCAAAAGAGAUCGAGGCGUCCAAGCACGAUCUUGCCUACGUCGCGCUCGACGGCGACAUCGGCUGCAUGGUCAACGGGGCCGGGUUGGCCAUGGCGACCAUGGACAUCAUCAAGCUCUACGGCGCCGAGCCGGCGAACUUCCUUGAUGUCGGUGGCGGUGCCUCCAAGGAGAAGGUGACCGCGGCCUUCAAGAUCAUCACGUCCGAUCCGAACGUGAAGGGCAUCCUGGUCAAUAUCUUCGGCGGCAUCAUGCGUUGCGACGUGAUCGCGGAAGGCGUGGUGGCGGCCGUCAAGGAAGUCGGUCUUCAGGUUCCGCUCGUUGUCCGCCUGGAAGGCACCAACGUGGAACUCGGCAAGAAGAUCAUCAACGAAAGCGGUCUGAAUGUAAUCGCCGCCGAUGAUCUCGACGACGCCGCCCAGAAAAUUGUGAAAGCGGUCAAGGGUUAA